GGUCUUAUCAUUCAGGAGUAAACUUUUUCUUUUCUUUUUUUUUUAACAGCUUUACCCAUCCAUGUUGAUCACUGCAUACUCAGAGGACCGUAGAGUUCCUUUAUCUGGGGUCAUGGAGUAUGUAGAAAGACUAAAGAAGGCCACCCAAGUGUGUACCACUCGGGUCAGUGUUAACGCAGGUGUCCCAGCUGUCAUUCUGGACCUGCAGCCAGGAGGUGAUCACUUUGGCCCUGAGGAUUUUCAUCUGUCUUUGAAUGAGAGUGCCCGACAGUUAGCCUUUCUUUACACAGAACUUGGACUAGACCAUCAAAAAAACUCGACAGAGACAAAAAGAAAGGUCAAAUAACCUGACUGGCAAGUCUCAUAGACGACGAGACUAAAUUAUAUGUGUAUGUGUGAGUGAAAAACAACCA